AAAUCAAACCACGUGAAAAUUCUUUAUGCUGGUUGUUGCUGUUGAAAAUGCCUGCUGCCUCUACGAAGCCCGAAACUAAGUCCUCUUCGGAGGCCAUGGAGCCCAUAAAACAGGCUAUCAGUCUGCUGGAUAAGAAAGUUCGCAAUCUAGAGAAAAGAAAGUCCAAGCUUGACAGCUACAAGGAAAAAGCCAACAAGGGGAAUCAGUUGGAGAAAGAUCAAGAGGAAGCAAUUGCCCACUAUACCGAGGUGAUACAGAAUUUGGAGUUUGCCAAGGAUCUACAGAAGCAGUAUGUCACCAUAUGUGUGGAUUCUGAGAAAAUCUUGAAGAAGCAAGCCAAGCGAGAGAAGGCAGAGAGACAACUAGUGGAGGUGAAGAGGUUUCGAGAGCUGCUACAGCUACAAGGGAUGCUGGACAGUUUAGGAUCUGAGACGGUCCGCAGUGACUUCAAAACAGGCAAACAUGGGGCUGUGGUGUUGACAGAUGAGAACUUAAAUCAAAUGGACGAGCUGUACAAACUAAUCAGUCCAUCUCGAGAAGGGGAGAAAGAUUAUCAAGAGCAGUUAACUCAGGCGGCAGAACACGUUUCCAACCUGCUGGACGGCAAGGACAAAGAAGUGGUGGGCACCACGUACAAAGAGUUGCGGGAACUCAUGGACCUGAUUAACAACUGUGGCUACUUUGAGAACAUACCGUGUUAUGGGGAAACGGAGCCUCAGGAAGACACUGCAGCAGAGGUGACGUCUACAGAGGUGGAGAGUCCAGUUGUGACAGAACCUGUUGUGAUUGAAGACCCUCAGCCUAUCCUGGCACCCGUUGUUCCCAAUGAUCAAGUCACUGGGGCAUACACACAGCCGAUUGAAGCAGAGGUGUUAGAAGCGGAAGCUCCUGAACACACAGCCCCCAUGGACCAAGAAUACCAUGCCUACAGUGCAGCCAACGCAGCUUACAACAGACAGCGGCCCUUCCAGGAGAUUGUCUCCUCUGUACAGGGCAGUUUUAACUUCCUUCAGGAAUCAGAAAUCGACAUUGAGUCUCCACACAUGGAUCCAGCGGUGGUUGCGAUGGGACCGGCGCCCAUCCCUCAUCCCUCAGCCACCCCGUCUGACAGUCCCACCCUCCCCGCUCAGACCCUGCUGGCUGAUGCUCACCUCCCCCAGCCCACACAGCAGCCAUCCCAGACCCCUCACCACCUAGACCCCACUGACCCACAGAAAGCCAUGGCAGACUACUCAAAUCAAAACUACAACCAUGCGCCAGCAAACUUCGCAAUGGAUGACGCAGUGACCACCCACUCAACACAGAACCAGACCAUCCUGAGCGAGGCUGCAUCAGCGGGACUGCCCGACCCAGCUGUGGCAGGCAUCAUCCCGGCUCAUAUGCCCAUUCCUAACCAGUCAAAUCCACUCUCUCAGGAUGAUUUACAAGCAGCCAAUCAGCCAGAGAAGAAACCGUUUACUAUGAACGCUAAUGCAGCAGUAUUCCAGUCAAUGUACAGUCAGUCAGGUGGAGCUGGAGCGCUAGACAAGCCUGUCUCUCCCCAGUCAGCUGAGUACCAGAGUAAUUAUCAAGGCAAUAACUACCGAGGUGGAUCAGGGGGCAAUCGUGGGUUUAGAGGAGGCCGAGGUGGAAGAGGAGGUGUGUCGAACGGUUACUCGCGCAGUGGAUCCAGAGGUGGCAGCGUCAACGGACGAGGUGGAUUUAAUCGAGAUAACCGGGAUGGAGAUAGAGUGCCAUAUCAAGGCUAUCCCCCGAGAAGUGAUUAUCGACCAGAUGGGUAUCAAGGCUACAACAACAACUCAGGCUAUUAUAACAAGAGAGGAGGGCCAAAUAGAGGUGGAAUGCGUGGAGGUUCAAGAGGUGGCAGUGGAGGUGGAAGGGGCGGACCCAGGUCAGGCUAUGGGCGGCCCAUGAAUCAACAGCAAACCAUCAGCCAAUAACUUUACUCACCAAUUCCGAAGCGAGACAUGAACAAUUUUUGUAGAAAACUGCAUUUGGAUUGUUACAGGCAAUGUGUCACUGAAACUCCUGUCAGAAAUUCAUCAGUCAGUCAGUCAGUCAGUCAGUCAAGUGAAUUGAGGGAUUAGCAUUUUUCCAUUUAAACUUGGUAAAGUACAAAAAUAUUUUUAUAAUGUCCAUAGCAUUAUGAUUUUCAAAAUACUAUUUAAGAUCUGCAUUGGCUUGAACCAUAUGUGAGGCAUUUUAUUGUUACCUUUUUUGCCCUGAUUCCGUUUACUUGAUUGCAUGCUUUAUAAAAGGAUAUAUAAAUGUUUCUAAGGAAGAUUGACUGUCAAACUGACUGAUGGGUGUGGAGAUGGACAUCACUGAUGUAGAGGUGGCUUGGUGGACUUCAACAGCAGCAAACAACUGAAUAAACCUAUCAGUUGGUGGAAUAAUAUGAAAAAAAAAAAAACAAAAUGUAUAAAAAAAUAGAAAAACCAAAAAAAGAAUAUGACGCAGCUCUACGUCAGACCCCAUGCUGAAAGCAAGCAUUGCUACAUUCUUGGAAGCAGAUAGGAGAGGAAGUAUCGCUCUCUUGUCUGUCUGAUCUCAACACUGGCUUGGUGUUACCUCCCUAAGCUUGCAAUAGCAGGCCGUUGUGGGCUGCAGGGAAAGGGAAAAACCCCACAUGUUCCUGCUCAAAUUUUGUGACAUUAUGGAUUAUUUGUGGAGCAGGUAACUGUUUCCCCGACCUGAUCAGUGGGGAAGGGGGACAGUAUCCACAGCCAUUUGAAACUGUGACUAAUGCAUUCUUGUGCUUACUGCUCAGAGGUUUCUUGAAGAGGAUGGCCAAUUACGAAAGAUUGAAGUCAUUGGCUGAAUAUUUAUGUUCUUGUUAUUUUGAAGAAAAAAAAAAGAAGAAUAUUGUGGCUGUAAUCAAUGAGGUAUUAUGGGGACACCCUGAUUAUGGAAUUCCUCUGAAAUUGGUAUUACAGUUAACCAUCCAUUUUGUACUGCUCUCUCAAAAUCCUUUACCCCCUUUGUGGAACUCUAAGUUCUAAGUAAAACCUAUCGUAUAUAAAGUCAAAGAUGAUUCCUGAAA